AUGGCUUUAGUCAAGAUGACAGCAGAUCAGAAUCAGAACAGUGCAACAGGAAGUGUUUCUGAAUGUCCGGCGGGUAACUACUCAAUGUCAUCAUCAGUAAAACACGGAGAAACAUUCCACUGGAGCAGAGCUAUGCAAAGUCAAAUCAUUAGUGCCAGUUUCAUAGGUUUUGUCAUCACUCAGAUCCCAGGUGGAAGACUCAGUGAGACUCUUGGUGCCAAACAAAUUCUGACUCUCAGCCUCGUCGUUGCAUCUUUAUGCAAUAUAUUUUCUCCCAAUGCUGCCAAAUACAGUCCUUAUGCCCUACUGAUCUUACAAAUGAUAAAAGGAAUGUUUUUGCACUCUACAGUACCUUGGAAAGCAAUGCUUUCGUCACGUGCCACGUGGGCCCUUAUAGUUGGAUUAUUCGGCCAAUUUUGGUUUUUCUAUUAUUUCCUGUCAAUUCACACAGUGUAUUUGGAAAGUGCCCUGCAUUUCGAUAUUACACAGCCCAAAAAUGAACAAUGGCACAGGGUGCUAUAUAUUUCCGUAGGUGUGGGCCUAGCCAGUGGACUCAUCUUCAAUUUAUUUGGAUCUGCGGCAUUGCAGAAUUGGAAAAGAGAUGAAGAUGAAAGAAAUGAAACAGAAACGCCCGAUGUUCAGAAUGCAGAUGAGGACAGUUGUGCCAUUGAAGAUACGUUUGAUGGUGAAGUAAUGACUACGAGAUUGUAA